AUGGAUGAUGACUAUGACUUCAAAGUGGACUAUGUCAACAAAGAAUCUGCCAUGAAUGUCGGUGAUGGGAGCGACGAUGAGGAUGAUGGCAAUCAACUAAUUGGAGAGGUACUCUACGAAAAUCUAAUUAAAUUGUCACAUUCACAAAAAGAGAUAUCUUGUUCAGAAAAUCAAAAGCCAAAGGUGGCACCAGUUGAAACCACCAACAAGAAGGAUUCCUGUAAAGAGGUUGCCAACAACAACAAUGCAGCCCAAGCUUUCACUUUCCGUGAAUUGGCUACGGCGACAAAGAAUUUCAGACAUGAAUGCCUAAUAGGUGAAGGUGGAUUUGGAAGAGUUUACAAGGGGCGACUUGAGAAAAUUGGCCGGGUUGUGGCUGUGAAGCAACUUGAUAGGAAUGGAUUGCAAGGAAAUAGGGAGUUUCUUGUUGAGGUAUUGAUGUUAAGCGCCUUGCACCAUGAAAAUCUCGUGAAUCUGAUAGGAUAUUGUGCCGAUGGGGAGCAGAGACUUCUGGUGUACGAGUACAUGCCAUUGGGGUCUGUGGAGGAACAUCUACUUGAUCUAGCACCUGGGAAAAAGCCAUUAGAUUGGUUCACAAGAAUGAAAAUAGCUUUACAAGCUGCCAAGGGCCUUGAAUAUUUACAUGGUGAGGCCAGUCCACCCGUCAUAUAUCGUGAUUUAAAAUCCUCAAACAUCUUGCUGGACAAGGAUUUCAAUGCCAAACUUUCUGACUUCGGAUUAGCCAAGGUUGGACCUGCUGGGGACAAGUCUGUGUCUUCAAGAGUCAUGGGGACAUAUGGGUAUUGUGCUCCCGAGUAUCAGAGAACAGGACAACUCACAGUGAAGUCGGAUGUGUACAGUUUUGGAGUUGUUUUAUUGGAGCUAAUCACUGGAAGGAGAGCCAUUGACAAUACGAGAUGUAUCGAGGAGCAAAAUCUAGUUACUUGGGCACGACCUGUAUUUAAGAAUCCUCAUAGAUUCCAAGAGCUAGCCGAUCCACUUCUUCAUGGAGAUUUCCCUGUCAGAGCACAACACCAAGCAGUAGCAGUCGCAGCCAUGUGUCUCCAGGAGGAACCAUCAGUUCGACCCUUAAUGACCGAUGUUGUCACUGCUCUCAGUUUCCUUGGGACCGGUGGUCCGGAUGCAGCUGCAGCAUCUUCUGACGAUCCUUCUCCACCAUCUAACCAAAUAAUGGUGGGUGAAAAUGGGAAUCUUCAUGAUGAAGAAAGCACAAGUGAACGACAACAAGCUGUGGCAGAAGCCAUAGAAUGGGGUUCAACUUCCAGACGUAAUGCAUCACGGCGUGGAAGUUUUUCUUCUUUGUAAAAUCUGCAAUUCUGCAUGGUAGUGUUGUUGCAAAUGUAUGAUGUAUCUCUAUGCUAAGAUAAUCCCUAUCUGUCAUGAAUUUCUCCCGUGACAUUUUUAUUCAAACGGCAAGGAUGAUAUUGGAUUCAAGCAGGGGCACCUGGUGUGCAAAUACAUAUUGUAACCCUCAGUCCUCACAAUGGCUGAGAACAAAACUAUCAUGUUAUCUCUUUCAUGAAAGUUUAAGUUCAAUUGAAGGUGACA